CUCCGAGGGAGCACACAGCCCAUCACAAAAUGGUGGCUCGAGCAGCUUAAUCUUAAAUACUGCAAGAACUGCAAGGAGGAUUGGAUCUGCAAGCGAGAAAAGGACAUUGGAGAUAUAGAGUCCCCCAUGUAUUCACUUACUCCACCUUCAAAUAAUUUAUGUGAAAGAGAACAUGGCAUGACAUCCUGCUGUAAAGGAAGCUUGGCCUUUUUGCCUGUCCUUUGGGCUGCUUGGACUAUGGUCUGUCUUAUCAUCUCAUUUUCUUUAGCUGUUAGUUUGGGACAUACACAUGCCUUUCUGCCAUUUAUAAGUCAAACAUCAAUGAUGAAUCCAGAAUAUAUCUUUUCUGCUUUUGCUUGCACCAUAACCAGCAUUUUAGGUGCUGCAAUCGUGUAUGCUGAAUAUAAGUACAUAAAUAUUUACCAUUCUAAUAUAAGUAGGAAAUGGAACAAAAUCCUGUUGUGCUGGGGAUUGCUGUCCUAUCUGGGCUUUCUCAUCGCUGCUUAUGUUUCGGUGCUUGUAGCCUUCAGUGUUCAUUUGGCCGGAGCCAUUGGAGGCUUUGGUCUGAACUGUUUAUACAAUUUCUCUCACACCAUCCUGUGCCUCCAAUCAUCAGUCUGGCAGGAUAAUAAGCAAAUGGUCAUCGUACGCUUGUGUUUCUCUGUUGGCUCCCUUGCAUUUCUAUUGAUGAUUGGAUUUACAAAGAUGAUGUGUGUGCUACUGAUGUCAUGCACCCAAUCUGAUAUGAACUUCAGUCAUGCUGUCUUUGAGUGGUUGACAACGUUUGGAAUUUGCGGCUAUAUACUCACAUUUACUAAAGACUUUCAACGGCUACGUCUGACAUAUGGGCCGGUCAUCAGCAAGAACUGGAUGUGUGAACAGGAAAAGUCCAUAAAUGCUGUAGAGUCUGUUGGGGAAUUGAAUGCAAGACCUUAAAUGCAAUAACAGGGGAAGUAUACCACACCCCAAAGAAAAGCUGGGGAAUAGGGCUCAAGCACCAUGUGUCUAUAUCAAUGUAGAAGAUGGAAAUAUUUACUUGAGGAGGAAACAUAACAUAGCAUUGACUCAAGCUACUGUACAUCUUCAAAGACAAAUAUUAAAAGUGUGUCCUAAUCUGGUUAUUUAAGCAAAAAUAAAAUCCAAAUUAGAACUCA